CCACUGAUCAUGGCAGAGCCUUCACUCGGCGAGGCUGACAGCGACUCAGACGGGAGUCAGGAGGACUUCAAGUGUAUUGUGGAGAACAUACGCCGAGACCUGCAGGACGCCUACUCCCCUAGCCCCGCCCCCUCUCUCAGCCAUGCCUUCUCCCCUAGCCCCGCCCCCUUUCUCAGUCACACCUACUCCCCUAGCCCCGCCCCCUCUCUCAGCCACGCCUAUUCCCCAAACCGUACCUACUCUCCUAACCCGACCUUUUCCCCAAACCCCAUCGAGUCUCCUAAUCCAGCCUUCCCUACUAAGUCCACUUCUUUGGGUGGAUUAAACCCCUCCUCCUUUCCUGUGUGUGGUCGAUCAUGUGCGCCUCAGGGGGAGGUCAACAGGAAGAAGCUUACACUGUCAGAGACGUAUCCCGGAGAAAAUGAAAGACUUUCACCAACCGAGACGAGCUGCAAGAAGCCGAGCAUGCGCAGACAAAGCCAAGGCGGAAGUGACGCAAAAUCUGCCGGAAGUGCUGGAGGUGGUUUCAGGAGAGUAUGGAUUAACUGGGAAUGCCGCACGCCUUUUGUCUUCACCCGGCUUACGUCACAGAGUUCAGAGGUCAUCGACGAAGGUAAGUCAUAUCUCCUCUUCAGUUGCCGCUUCCAAAAAAAAAAAUAGUAUGUGUCACAUAGUGGAAUCAUCUAAAGGAUUAUUUCUUUGUCCUUCUUUAGAUGAAAAAAACCCAACUCAUUUAUUUUUAAUAUAACGUCAAGCUAUUUUCGAUUGAAGGAGGUUGGGUCGCCUGGUGCAGAGUUAAGAUCAGUGAGAAAAUGGCCGCCGAAGUUUUGUGACUUCCAAAGGUGACCGUCUCUCGAAACUUCAAAUGUACAUUUUUGUGCCUUUAAUCAACGUUUGGUUUCCCCCCCCCCCAGUAAAAUCCACACAGAAAUGUGUUUUAAAAAGAACACAAAAGGCGUAGAGUCAAA